GCACACGUAUGUCCGUGUAUAGGUGCACACGUAUGUCCGUGUAUAGGUGCACACGUAUGUCCGUGUAUAGGUGCACCCGGAUGUCCGUGUAUAGGUGCACACGUAUGUCCGUGUAUAGGUGCACACGUAUGUCCGUGUAUAGGUGCACCCGGAUGUCCGUGUAUAGGUGCACACGUAUGUCCGUGUAUAGGUGCACCCGGAUGUCCGUGUAUAGGUGCACCCGGAUGUCCGUGUAUAGGUGCACACGUAUGUCCGUGUAUAGGUGCACACGUAUGUCCGUGUAUAGGUGCACACGUAUGUCCGUGUAUAGGUGCACCCGGAUGUCCGUGUCUGCUCAGUAUCCUCGUGAGGAGUCCGAGUUCGUCCUGAAAGGCAAAGCUCGGGGCACAACCCGAGUGCAAUAACGCGGGAGAUUGUUUCCUAUUUCGUGUCGACUCCUUGUGACGUAGUCUCGUGCCACGGCUCUCAAACAUCAAACGGCACCGCGACUAGGACCCGGAUCUGCAGACUAUGGAAGAGCCAACGCCUGACGGUGGCACAACUAGGAAGAGAGAAGACUACCUGGAAUGUCCGGAAUACUUUAUGGCUGUAGCCUUUCUGUCAGCCCAAAGGAGCAAAGACCCAAGCUCACAGGUGGGCGCAUGUAUAGUGAACCAGGAGAAUAAGAUAGUUGGCAUUGGUUACAACGGUAUGCCCAAUGGCUGUGAUGAUGACCAGCUACCCUGGUCUCGUUCUGCUGACAACCGGCUUGACACAAAAUACCCUUAUGUGUGCCACGCCGAGCUGAACGCCAUUAUGAACAAGAACAGCGCUGAUGUGAAAGGCUGCACCAUGUAUGUGGCUUUGUUCCCCUGUAACGAGUGUGCCAAGCUCAUCAUCCAGGCCGGUAUCAAGGAUGUGGUCUUUCAUUCUGAUAAGUACCAUAAGAGUCCGGAGACAGAAGCUUCUAGAAGGCUGCUCACUAUGGCAGGUAUAGGAUACAGGCAGUUCAAGCCCAAAAGGACUGAGAUUGUCAUUGAUUUUAAUUCCAUUAACCCUGGAAUGCUGAACAGCGACCAAGUGCAAACACAAACGGCUCACCUUGGGGAGGAAGAGGCAGACUGACGAGACUUAAAGGGACUUUGAUGCCUCUUUUCUGUAUGUCUUCUGCUUUGCCUUUUUUAUAUUCUGAUUAACUGGAUAUCCAAGAUGGUUUAAUUUGGCGCUUUGAGGAUGCUGCUUGCCCCCUUUUAGAACUUCCUUUGGGUUCAGACAUACACAGGGACUCUUUCUGUUGAUUUUUAAAAAUGAAUGUUGUGAAUCUGAUCUUCUCUCGUCUGUCUGUUUCGGGGAAAACAAGUAAUCUACUUAUUUUCUCUCCUCCAAAAAAAAGUUCCAGAUUAGUUUCGAGGCACCUUGACAAUUUGUUAAUUUGACCUUUCAUAUUUCCAGUGCGAUUCGAUUUAUCCAACCAGAAAGCAGCUACUGUUACGAUGGAGUUUAGUUCCUGAGACGGGCAUCUAAUACUGUGCUAAGCUCCUCUGAGACCUAUUUCUUCAAGGCUAAUGCAAUAAUAAUUUUAUUAAAUGACAAAAAAAACACCAGUUUGUCAGAUUAGAAGGAUUAAUGGAGCUCCUUGAAUGGCUCAAUUAUUCUAACAUUAGCGCUGUGUAUGUAUUUGUUUCUGGGUGCAUAAUAUGGGUUGUUUUUAUAUUCUCUGGAGGGGUGCUGCAUCUUAGUUUUAAUGACCAUUUCACUAUUGUUUUCUGAAAGUUGUUGUUUCAGUUUAUUUAGAUUAAUUUCAUGGAACCAAAAGGUUUUUAGAAACGUGUAUCUGUGGAUCUUCGACCAUGAUUACCUACCAUAAAGAACGUUUAUUCUUUACUGUCUAACAUGCUGUUACGAGUGUGUGAAGGCUAAUCAUUUUGUCAUGUAUGUUGAUUAUGUACAUGUGUGCUUUCUACAUUAGUAACUGGGAAACACUUCUCAGUCAAUAAACUGCUGGACCACACGA